UCAGAGCUCCACUUCUCCCCAGCUUCACCAGAGGAAACACCACGGCACAAAAUGCUUUUCCUCCCAGCUGCUGCUCUGUGCUGUCUGUGUUCAGCGCUGGUUGCCAUGGCAGCAGUGCCGAUUCAGGACCAGUUAUCAUUGACCAGGAGAGUUGGUGAAACAGUCUCGUUCAGCUGUGGAGGAACUGACCAGUGUGACAAUGAUUGGAUACUCUGGUUCCAGAAGAAGGAGACAGAAACAUUCACACCGAUUCUUGCUAUUAACAGGAAUACUAGUGAAGUUGAAUCAGGUUCCAAUCAUCCUCAGAAAGAUGAUUUCACAGCUGUUAAGAAACCAAACGGCUGUGAGUUGAAGAUAGAGAAAGUUCAACUCUCUCAUUCAGCCUCCUACUACUGCGCCUGUUGGAGGAAAGUUUCCCACAGAUACGGGUACCUCAUCUUUGGCUCUGGAACUAAACUGUAUGUAACAGAUGAGCCGGUAGUGAAGCCCGUGGUGAGCGUGUACCCAGCAGCAUCCAGAGCCCACCUGGAGGGGAAGAGCUCCCUGCUGUGUCUGGCCUCAGCCAUGUCUCCUCCUCUGGUCCAGUUCUCCUGGAAGAGACAGAAGGAGGAUGGUUCUCUGGAGGAGCUGACCCGUGAUGAUGGAGAGCAGCUGGUGCUCACAGAGCCGGGACGCACCGCCGCCAUCUUGCUGAUCCACCAGCCAGAGAACAGCACGUAUAAAUACAGCUGCUAUGUCAAGCACGAGGGCGGCACAGUGGAGGCCCAGACACAACAAGAGGUUCCAGCUCCAGCAGCCCCCUGUCCUCCAGAGAGAGAGCCAGCAGACCUGGCAGCUCUGCAGCAAGAUGACUUUGCAGCGGUUCCCCUGGAUCCUCUCCCGCCUCAGUGCAGGGUGAAGCUGCUCUGUCUGCUCUACACAGUGCUGAUAGUGAAGAGUCUGGUGUACUGCUGUGGACUCUCUCUGCUGAUGAUCCUCACAAACAAGGGACCGUCCACCAACUGCAGACGUGCUGACUGA